CAAAAAAGUUGCCGACGAAUUAAGGCCCUCCAACUUUUCGCCCUCUUCCUUCGGCUUCAGCUCACAGAAAACGAAACCGUAAGAAAUGAUGGCUUUGUCAAUGUCAGCUCCUUUUCUUCGCCUCAGACCCGUUUCAGUCUCUCCAUUCCAAUCCCAGGUCCACCACUCCACUUCCUUCCCCGGCAGAAGGGCCCUAAUUCCCUUCCAAAACCCUAACCCCAACCCUAGUAGACCUCUGAAGAUGGUGGUAGCCCAUGCUGGCAGCUUACAUAGCGCAGUAUCGGAGGCUAUGAAGCUGAUCCAAUCGUCCCCUCCCACCUGGCCGUCCGCCCUCCUCACCAACCUCGUCAUCUUUGUUCUAGGUUCCCCGAUUCUGGUCUCCGGGCUCUCUCUCUCAGGCAUUGGGGCCGCUUUCCUUUUGGGCACUCUCACUUGGCGCGCAUUUGGUCCCCCUGGCUUCCUUCUCGUUGCCGCCUACUUCAUCAUUGGAACCGCAACAACAAAAGUGAAAAUGGCACAGAAGGAGGCUCAGGGGGUUGCUGAGAAGAGAAAAGGAAGAAGAGGACCGGCCAGUGUUAUCGGUUCCAGUGCUGCUGGUUGCGUCUGUGCUGUUCUUUCAAUAUUUGGAGUAGGGGGAGAGGCUUUUUCUCGGGUUUGGAAACUCGGAUUUGUUGCCAGCUUUUGUACAAAGUUGAGUGAUACUGUAUCGAGUGAGAUAGGGAAGGCAUAUGGCAAAACAACGUAUUUAGUUACCACACUUAAGGUAGUCCCAAGGGGAACAGAAGGGGCUGUGAGUGUCGAGGGAACUAUUGCUGGACUUUUAGCUUCAUUUCUUCUUGCCUUCGUUAGUUGUCUCAUGGCUGAGCUAGGUGCAGCUGAAGGAAUUAUAUGCGUAAUAGCUUCCCAGAUUGCUAAUGUUGGAGAAAGCAUAAUAGGUGCUGUACUUCAAGAGAAGGAAGGAUUUCGAUGGCUCAACAACGAUGUUGUCAAUAUUAUCAACAUAUCAAUGGGCAGCAUUAUAGCCGUUCUGAUGCAGCAGGUCGCAUUCCGAAACCGACUCGUGUGAAUUCCACUCAACACGCCUAUUCUGCAUUCAGGGGAUGCGGACCCUUAUUAUUACCCUUAUACUUUUUGUUGCUAUCCUCGAAAAGCCUCCCUUCCUAUUCCCUCCCAACCUCCUACCUUUGCAGAGCAGAACAAUUUCCUGCUAUCCCAUCAACCAAUAAGUUGGUAAUAGUCAGAGCUUUCGAUACCGAGCACACAACAAGAAGUAGCUCCGCCAAGGUGCACGAAAUCUGCUCAGGAAGAGUGCAAAUUUAACUAGCAAAGCAAUGCGAUCAGCUCAUAGGGAGAAUUAUUUAAUUUUCUCUCAUAGAACCCCAUUUUUUUCAGUUAUUUACUUGCAUAUCGUAUUCUUAUUGGUAAUGACAACAGUUUAAUUGCUAGCGACUCUGUUAUAGUGCUAUAUCACGUGUCUUACUACAUAGAUUGUAUAGAAGCUUGUACUUGGUGUAGUUAUUCAGGAAAGGCAAAAAUCUAUACGAUGAUUUGCUCAAUUUUCUCGUAUUAA